AUGACUGUCUUUCCGAGCCCUUCCUACCAGAAUCAGGGGAGUAGGGAUGGCAUUUGGCUGCCCAGCGCUCCUCACAAAUUGACACACUGGCUCCAAAAUUUCAUCAAAGUUGUGGAUAGUAGAAGCAAUGACGCUUCUCUCCACCCUGCUGUCCAAGAUCUCAAAGAUCUCGUGGAAAGCACGCCCAGCCUCCGUAUGUGGGCGUCGGCCAUGUUCGACGAGAUCCCCAACAAGAUUCCCUACAACAAGAGCCCGGCCGAUCACAAGCUCGUUCGAGGCUAUCAACACAUGUUUGAGUUAUUCAGUGUCAUCGUCGCGGAAAUUGCUCCGACCUGGAGCAUGGCCGAAGGAGGACACGGGCUUGUUGGGCUCCCAUUCCAAGCCAUUUUGGACUGGCCUAUGGGAACACCAAGCGGGCAUGCCUUCUUCUUGAGCCAAGAUGUGAAUGAAAAGUUCAAAGUCAUACUAGACACGUGGAGAGACGGUGUUUUGAAGACGAGCAAGUCCCAGCACGUCAUUACGACUGGCGAUGGGGGCUGGCUGUGCAAGGAGGCGCUGAUGGCCUUUGAGAAGGACGCCAAUUUGAACAGUCAGCAAUGGCACGCAUUCCAGGACUUGUUCCGAUGUGAUCCAAAGGAAGACCCGGUUCACUGGGGCUAUAAAUCAUGGGACGACUUUUUUCCCGAGUGGGUGGUGAAUGCUUGUGAAUCCAGGCCGAUCCUGGUAAAAUCUAACGUGAAGGAAUAUGACAGAUUCUGGCUGAAGGGCCAGAACUAUUCGGUCAAAGAAAUGCUGAAUCAUAGCCACUUGGCAGGCGAGUUUGUCGGCGGUACGGCGUAUCAAGCUCUCUUGAUUCUAACGUCAUAUCACCGAUGGGCUUCUCCCGUGUCCGGGCAUGUCGUACAUGCCGAGAUUGUUAAUGGAACUUACUUCUCAGAGCGGCAAACCAAUGGACUUUUUAGCAGCCCGGUAGGACCGCCCGAGUAUAACCAAGUCUAUAUGAGUCACGUCGCCACGCGGGCCAUCAUCUAUAUCAAGGCACCAGACCCGGUCGGUUUAAUGUGCCUGAUAGCUGUUGGGACCGCGGAUGUAUCGACAUGUGAGAUCGCCAGCAAGUUUGCAACCGCUUGGCCGCAACCCGUGAGGAAGGGGGAGGAGAUCGGCAUGUUUCACUAUGGAGGCUCGAGCCUGUGUCUGCUUUUCCGGAGGGGAGUAAGACUGGCAUGGGUCGAUGCAGCGAUUCCUGGCAAUUCGGAGCAGAAUCUUCCAGUUCGCGGUGCGCUCGCAGUUGCUUAUGCAGCGGGACAGUGA